AUGAACCUUGGACAGGUUGGGCAAAAGGGAGAAACAGAUGGGAGGCGUGUUGAUGGCUAUGUGCCACAACAAUAUAAUAUGUUCCCAAGCUUCGAUUCACUACCCCCGCAUUUUGCAGCGAUCUACCUUGAUCACGACGACAAGCUUCAGGUGGAGGUGUCGCCCUCAAUGGCCGGUUGUGGCGGUGCCAUUUUCACUCCGCACGUGGCUGGCCGCUUUAUAGAAAUGGCGUUCACUAAUACUCAAGCAAGCAUGCCGUUCAUUUCCUGUCAACACCGGACUUUCCCUUCCUCAGUGGGCAAACACGAUGUUGGGUGGAUGCAUACUCAUGAGACCAGAUCUGCUGAACUAGUAUAUUGCGAGUGGCAGAACCCUUCUAGUCAACAACAGCAACACUACCGGGAGCGGGCCGAUAUAAUAAGAUGUCGAUCGAAGUCUGCGUCACGGUCACUCACUCCUCCAUUAGGGCGAACGAUCCUUCGAGUCGGUAACAGGGACCUGCUGCGUCGAUACUAUGAAAGGGCCUUUGAAGAUUUUCAACAGUUGAACUGCCGAGUUAUCGCCAAAUCAUAUAUCAGGCUUAUCGAGCCGCAAAAACAGGUGCAUUACCCUUAUAAUGGGAGGAAAGUCAUCUCCGGUGUUUCGCAAUGCAUCGACCCUGAGUUCACCAAGCCCGGAUGGUGGCCCGUCGAAGUGAUACACCGGGAACCAGACCACCUGCUCAAGCGUGAUACCUAUGGAGUUACCUCUGCCAAGCUUCACAAGGCUAGUCAGGACGUACGCCAGCAAGUUACGCCAACAAGCCGGCUACAAAUUUUGGAUGAGAUUCAUUUCGUGCGACAGAUGGAAGAGCGGUUCCUGGACGGACAUAUCGAUGCAAAUACCCUUCUCCAGGUGACUCAGACCCACAUUUCUGAGGAUACCUAUCAAGAGCACGAGUUCCUUCCCGGAAACCAGGCGUCGAUAUGGAUGGGAAAUGCUCAAAUUGAUUCGCACAGCGAUGGGUCCUAUUUCUGGACUGUCCAUGGGUCUACUCGAAAUUGA